GUUGCUAAUCUUGUGAAAUUGUCCAAUGAGAAUCGAGCAUGGGGGAGGGAUUCCGGUAAUUAUGCUGAAACCACGCAAUCACAGAGGGCGGUGUAUGUUUGAAAAUGUGUGCCGCUGAUUCACCGCAACGUCGUUGACGGCUGAAGUUUACUUCACCGUAGACUUGCCGUAGUAGUUUUCCGAAGAGUUUAAGGACAGUGGGAAAGUCGGAGGGUGUUGAAGUUAUUUUAGCACUACACAUUUUUUGGCAUAUCGAACUGCAUACCUAACUUUCUUCUGGAGAUCACCAUUUGGAUAGCGUCUCACGUUGAGCUGGCUAGCACAUCUACUGAAGAGUUUCCAGUUGCGAAUUUCAGUUGGAUGAUUGUUUUAUGUUGACGGCAGCUAGCCAAGUUAUCUGUCGUCAGUCAAACCCCGUUAGCUUUGGAUAUCCAUACUGCUUAAAAACUGUUAGCAAAUGCUAACUUCUGAUUCCCCUCAAGAAACAAAGUUGUCGUCCUGAAAAAGUAAGAGCGUUUGAAGACAUCGACAACUAUCGUUGGGCCAACAAGGCAUUCCGGAUUUUUGUCUUAUUUGUUUCUGCAAAGACACCAUGGCGGAAACAUCGCAGUUUGGCGGAGGCUUUAAUGCCAAUUUUAACGUUACCUGCACAGUGAAAAAAGCAAGCAAUAACAACUCUGCAUCAAAUGUUAACGUUACACAUUUGAAACGGAAAACUCGCCAGUCUCACAGAAGAAAUAUUCACAAUCGGGUGGUCCUGGAGAGAGUUCUAGGCAUCACUACAGCUAGCAGUAGUGGUCUGGCCUGUGACCCCAACACUGGUUUGGUCGCGUAUCCAGCAGGGUGCGUUGUUGUCAUUCUGCACCCGAAGAAGAAUAAGCAGAGUCAUAUUCUCAAUACAUCUCGGAAAACCUUCUCUGCCUUGGCCUUUUCUCAGGAUGGAAAAUAUCUGGUCACUGGUGAGAGUGGGCACAUGCCAUGUGUGCGCGUGUGGGACGUGGCAGAACGGGCACAGGUGGCAGAGGUCCAGUGUCACAAGUAUGGGGUCGCCUGCGUGGCCUUCUCCACCAGCGGCAGCUACAUCGUCUCCGUGGGAUACCAGCACGACCAGACCGUCAGCGUGUGGGAGUGGAGGAAGGGGACUGUUAUCGCGUCAAACAAGGUCUCCAGUCGAGUUCUGUCUGUCUCCUUCUCUGAGGACAACAGCUACUUUGUCACCGCUGGCAACAGACAUGUAAAGUUCUGGUACCUGGAUGCCUCCAAAGAGAGACGGGUGAACAGCACGGUGCCCCUGAUUGGUCGCUCAGGGUUGCUGGGAGAACAGCGGAACAGCACGUUCUGCGGCCUGGCAUGCGGGCGUGGCGCCAUGGCGGGCAGCACCUACUCCAUCACCCACACGGGCCUGCUGUGCCUGUUCAACAACAAGAGGCAGCUGGAGGCCUUUGUCGACCUCAGGACUUCCUCAGCAGGUUGUCUGUCUGUGAGUGAGAACUAUGUGUUCUGUGGGUGUGCUGACGGGAUGGUGCGAGUGUUCCGCCCUCAGGACCUGCACUUCAUCACCACUCUGCACCGCCCACACCGCCUCGGAGUGGAUAUCACUCAGGGCAUCCAGCCAGGGCACUUGUUCACCACAGACCAGAGCGCAGAGUACCCAGACAUGCUGGCCUUAACCUUUGACCCUGUUGCUAGGCACCUGACCUGCGUGUAUAAUGACCACAGUGUGUAUGUGUGGGACGUGCGCGACAUCAGGAACGUGGGGAAGGUCUACUCGGCCCUCUACCACAGCGGCUGUGUGUGGAGCUUGGAGACGUACCCAGAGGUGGAUGCCCCGUCUGCAGCCUGCCUGCCCCCCAACUCAUUCCUCACCUGCUCGUCUGACAACACCAUCCGCCUGUGGCUCCUGGACCCCCAGCCGGGCUCCACCCAGGGCCACGGCCUGCCCACCACCCUGCGCCGCAACGUCUACAGCAAUGACCUGAUGAGGAUCGUGUAUGUGGGGGAGGACACUCAGCACUUGCAAACUGAGCGGGCAAGCGAGCGGGCAGAAGGGGGCUCUCUAGACGGCAAAUCAGGCAUCAGGGUUCUGGGCAUCAGUCCAGAUGGCCAGCACCUUGCUGCCGGAGACCGCAACGGCAGCCUGCGGAUAUUUGAGCUGCAGUUCCUGGAUGAGAUCGCCAAGAUCGUGGCACACGACUCCGAGGUCCUGUGUCUGGAGUUCUCACCCACUGACACCGGUCUGCGUCUGCUCGCCUCGGCCAGCCGUGACCGCCUCAUCCACAUCUUCAACAUGGAGAACAGCUACAGCCUGGAGCAGACUGUCUACGACCACUCUGCCUCCAUCACUGCCAUCAAGUUUUCCGGUGAGGGUUCAGAUGUGAACAUGGUGAGCUGUGGGGCCGAUAAGAGCAUCUACUUCCGCACAGCCGAGCAGACAGCGGAGGGUAUGUCCUUCACCCGCACCCACUACGUGGCAGAGAAAACCACCCUCUACGACAUGGACCUGGAUGCCACAGGCACACAGGCAGCCAUUGCCUGCCAGGACCGCAACGUCAGAGUGUACAACAUCAAGAGUGGCAAGAUGAUGAGGUGCUUCAAGGGCUCCCUCAGUGAAGAAGGCACUCUGCUGAAGGUUCAGAUGGAUCCCUCUGGAAUCUACCUGGCCACCAGCUGCUCUGACAAGAACAUCAGCAUCUUUGACUACGAGUCUGGAGAGUGUGUGGCCAGCCUGUUUGGGCACUCUGAAAUCGUGACUGGCAUGAGGUUCAGUCAGGACUGCAGGCACCUCAUCACUGUGUCUGGGGAUAGCUGUGUGUUUGUGUGGCGCUUGGACUCCCAGAUGACCAACUCCAUGAGGAAGAGGCUGGCGGAGAAGAGGGAGAAGGAUGGCCUCAGGAACGCCUGUGCUGCCAGUGAACAGCAUGCGCUGCGGAGAGAAACCUACAUCACGGUGCCCGCAGUACUGGAUGUGGCCCAGGAGAAGGAAGAGGUAGAGGAGGAUGCAGCAUUGUGUGACGAAGAGCCCCAGCACACCCCAGCUAGGGUUGACUCAACCCAGGAGGCUGGUGACUCCAUGCUGCUGCAGACCAAUGGCAGACUGCCCAUGUGGGCUCGCAAACUGGCUGCAAUGAGCUCCGCUGCCCCUGCUGCCCCUGCUGCUCCUGCUGCGGGUCCCUCAGCUCCGGGCCCCUACCAGCCGCGGGGACGCUGGGCGGAGCAGUCGGACCCCCAGGCCAUUCGCUCGCUGCUGGAGACGCGCAGCUUGCAGCUGGCCCUCUCACCAAGCCCCCAGAGACUUGACGGGGAACACCGUGUAGACGGGGAGGAGGAGGAGGCUGACUCCCACUUCCACCCCCAGAGCCUUGAUAGCCUCAUGGAUGAGGAGGAGGAAGAGAGGAUGGAGGAAGAGGAAGUAGAAGAGGAGGAGGAUGAGAAGAGCUCGAGCGGCCACUUUGAGGCGGGUUUCCAGAGGCCUGGCUGCUUGCCGCCGCCUGCCGUGGAGGAGCUGUUUGGCCCCGAACGCAGCUCUCUGGAGAGGAGCGACUACAUCCUGUACCCGGCCAACAGCACCACACUCACAGGAGGAGAUGGUGACUUUGACGUGAAGGCUUUAUGUGAAGAAGGGGAGGAGCUGAGCCCGGACAGUGCUUGUUGCGUGGGCUCAGCAGAGAGCCGGGGGUCCAACCAGGAGCCGGCGAUGGACCAUGCAGCAGACACGGACUCCAUGAGUCAGGUGAGCUCCACGGGCAGUUCCGGGGUGGAGGAGGAGGAGGACGAGGAGGAGGCGCCUGAGAUGCUCCUGCGGCAGCACUUCGACACGUUGGCCAACAACCUGGCCAAUGACGCGGAGAAGUUUGACACCGACCUCCGCAGCCUGCAGCCAGCGCCUGACAGCAACUUUCUCAACCCGCGUCUCAGCAUCUCCACACGCUUCCUGUCUCGCUUCCAGAACCGCCUGCGAGGUGUGGGUUGUGGCGCGUCUGCCCCCCGGUCUGCAGCGCUGCCCCCCAGCAUCACAGAGGAGUCGUCCCCCAGCAGCAGUCCACCCGCCCCCGCCCCCGCUCACGCUCACCACACCCCACAGAUCUCCGUAAAGCCUCAGCGGGUCAGUGACUGUGCCGUGGACCUUCCCCCAGCGACUGAGGAAGGCAGGAGCCGAGGCUAUGAAGCUGAAGCUGUGAGGAGCGUGAAGUCCCGCCCACCAGGGCCCAGGAAGCAGCACUCGGCGCCCACCCAACGACGCCCACGCCCCCUGCAGAGUCGCCACAGCAUAGCUGCCAUUGGGUGGAAUAACCCCCUGGGAGAGAUAACAGACAAGGCCCUCUCCUCUCAGUCCUACAUUGAGAACGUGGCGCCAACAUCAGCCCAGAACACACUGAGUGGCCCCUUUCCCAAACCCAACCUCCCGGGAUCGGAGAAGGAUGCUGGGCUCCGCUCCUCUCACCAGAGCUAUAUGAGCACCACCACCAGUUACCGUGCCAAGGUGUCCCGCACAGGGGCUCAGGGGGAGGCCCCCAGAGGCCACACGACGGAGGAGCCUCUCCAGCCAGCCAAAGCCUCGGGCCCCAGGGCUCCCUCCAUCCAGGACCUGAGCAUGGAGCACGGAGACUUUAAGGAGAACCUGCCACCACCUCUUCCUCUGGCCUCCUCUUCCACCAUCACUGCCUUCACCUCUGAGACGGGUCCAGCCAGCCUCCCUUCCACGCCCAUGGCCACCGCGGCCUCCUUCAGCCUGUUGCCUGGCAACCACAGCGCUAGGGCAGCCCUCCGCCUGGACCUGUCGGUCUCCGACUGCCCGCCUCCCGAAUCCCAGAAAUCCCGGCGGCGGACAGCCCCAGAGGGCGCAGCUCGGCAGGCGCUGGUGACCCCAACAGAGAUGAGGUCGUUGGGAAAGGAGGGGAAGAGGCGCAUCAGCGGCAUUGAGGAUAGCAUGACCCCCCGCCGUCCUCUCUGCUCCAGACUCCCCACUACUCUCCCUGCCCACUGCCCAUCUCCAGAGCCCCCUCAAGCCAGAGCUGCAGCGGGGAGCCCCAGGUCGGAGCCCCAGGUCCAGCCACAGCAGGCCGACUUCCUCCCUGGUUCAGUGGCAUCUCCUGCCAUGGAGAACAUGUCUUUCCCAGACCGCCCGGCGUCAUGCUCCAGUCCAUUGGACUCAGCUGAUCCGAUGGAGUUGGAGAACUUGCAGACAUGUAACCAGAUGGUGAACGAGCUGAGGCACACCAUGAAGAGAGCCGUGGGUCUGUACAGCAAGCUCUGCUCCCAGGCCGACCUCCCAGAUCAGGAGGCCCAGAUGCUGUCCAUUCUGCAGGAGGCAUUUGUAGGGGUGCGUGACGAGCUGGACUCGGUCUGCAUCCACUCGCCGCCUCCUCCUCUUCCUCCUCCAGAGGACUCCCCCGGCCGCCAGCUGAAGGACCAGCGCGCCGUGGCUCUGCUGGAGCGCUACUCCGAGCUGCUGCUCCAGAUGGCGGAGAAGAAGCUGGACACCAACUGAACUCAUUCACCAGUCCUAGUCCCAGUCCCUCAAAUCCCCUUCAGAUAUCCAUGCCCUACUGCUCGCCUUUUCAGUUUCUAACAUGCAUGAUGGAGUGGAGUACAUACACACACAAAUCUGGGACUUCCUUUUACUGUGAACACUUUACAGCCACCAGCCACCUUAACAUUUUUUAAUGUACCUUUUUUUGUUUGUUUUUACACAUGUUGACUGAACGAAGAUCUUUGCCUAAUAUUUGUAUGUCCCAUAUGUGGCCAAGGUGUAAAAGUACUUUCUUCACAAACACCAAACAUUGGGAUUUUAGGAGUGGUCCUUUUCCAAGAUUUUUUUUUUUUUUUUACACUUGCAGAUGAAGUAUAUUACACUGUCUGAUUCUAAUUUGCAAUGUCAUAAAAGCCAGAGUCCUUUUAAAUGAAUGGAUAGUAGCUAUUAGGAUAGUUAGUAGUAGGAUUUUUCAAUCACUGCUGACCAGUAUGUUUUGGCCUGUGUUCUGCACCAGAGUUUUCCUCUCGAUCAAGUGGUUAGGUACCCUAGAGUUCCACAGCACCUUGGAAAGGCUUUGUUUUUCUCUUGUAUUUCUGGUCCUCCUCUGGUAUACCUUACAUGUAUCAUAUCAACAUAUCUUAACAGCCAAGUUAGGCACAGGGCAUGCUGGUGCACAGAGAUGAUUUUAUCUUGGUUUUUGUUUUAUUAAAACAGUAUUAUUUGUCUGUAAUAUUGUCGAUGUGCAAUCCUCUGAUAUCCUUGUUUGUCACCUUUUUUGUUUCCAUGUGUAAAAAUGACAUGUAAAUAUGUUCAGUAAUAUUUGAAAAACCUUCAUUACAUUUUAAAUUGGUUUUAAUCUGAUAAUAAAUUGUUUUAUACCUUUUC